AUGGCCGACGACGAGAAGACCAAGGCCGAGAAGCUCGCGGCGGCCAAGAAGAGGGUCGAGGAGAUGAAGAAGAAGAACAAGAAGAAGGCGGGCGGCGCCGCCAAGAAGGAGAAGGAGGAGCCCAAGCCAGACGAGGCCGAGGCCACUGAGGCCGUUGCAGAGGCGGCCGACGAGAAGGAGAAGACCGAGGCCGCCGAGGAGCCCUCGGAGCAGCCGACGUCGCCCAAGCAGACGCCCUCGCAGCAGUCCAAGAUGCGCUCCGCCUCCUUCCGCGCUGGCUCCAUCUCUGGCGGAGGGCCGCUGUCGCCUUCGGCCGAGGGCGAGACAGCCGCCGACAUAUACCGCAAGCAGGUCGCCCGCAUCGAGGAUUUGGAAAAGGAGAACAAGCGACUGGCCAAGGAGGCUGCCGACUCCGAGAAGCGGUGGCAGAAGGCCGAGGACGAGCUGGGAGAGCUGAAGGAUUCAGAAGGCAAGACAGCUGGAGGAAACGACGAGGUAGAGAAGCUGCAAGCUGAAAUCGCCGCCCUCCAGCGCCAAAACACACAACUCCAGUCCGCUGCUGCCUCUCGUCGCAGUCAUGGCUCCUCGCCGUCUAUCUCCACAACAUCACCGCCCGCCGCCGAGCUCCAGGCCCAGCUGGCCUCCAAGUCAGCCACCAUCGAGAACAUGGAGCUCGAGCUCUCGCGCCUGCGCGCCCAAGCCGAACGUCGCGCCAGCGAGGGUGGCAGUGACAAGGAGCAGAUCAACGCCCUCGAGGAGAAGCUCGCCCGCGCCGAGCAGGCCGCCACUAAAUCGACCCGCGAGCUGCAGGACCUGAAGCGCAACCUCGAGCGCACCACCGAGAAGGCCGUCAAAGAAGGCAGCAGCCGCACCAGCGCCGAGACCAAGGUCCGGUCUCUGGAGCAGGAGCUCGAGACGCUCAAGUCCGAGAAGGAGGAGCUCCAGAAGAAGCACGAAGCCCUGGAGAAGAAGGUCGCCGCCCUAGGCAAUCUGCACAAGGAGAACGACUCGCGGACGCAGGCGCUUCGGCGCGAGAAGGAGGCGGCCGAGAAGGAGGUCCUCGAGUCCAAGAACAAAAUCGAGCGCAUCGAGGCCGAGAACGCCCGGCUGCGCAAGAAGGACGCCGCCGAGGGCGGCGGUGACGACGACGACGUGGACGCGCUCGAAGACGAGGGCCGCGCCCGCCUCGAGAAGAAGGUCCGCGACCUCGAGGCCGAGAUCUACGAUCUGCGCCGCGGCAUCUGGCACCAGCGCCGCCGGGACAUGGAGGCCGGCGCCGAGGACGAGACGAGCGCCAGCCCCGGCGGCGGCUUCACCAACAUCGACCUCUCGGGCCCGCUGUCCCCGAGCUCGGCCCGCAAGCAGUCCCAGCAGCAGAAGGGCUUUGGCGACUACUUCGCCUCGGGCCUCAACGCGCUGACGGGAGCUGCCCAGCCGCAGACGCAGGGCCCGCAUGCCCACGCCCAUGAGGACGACGGGCUCCUCGAGGACGACGACAUGGACUUUGACGAGGACGCAUUCCGCCGCGCGCAGGAGGAGGAUGCCAAGCGGCGCAUCGAGCGCAUCAAGGAGAUCAAGCGCGGCCUCAAGAACUGGGAGGGCUGGAGGCUGGACCUCGUCGACUCCCGGCGCGGCGGCGGGUACGGCGUCGGCGAGGUGUUCGAUAUUUGA